ACCUAUUAGCUGGUAUGUGAUUUUAGUUUUUCAGUAUAUAUAAAUAUAUAUUAUGGUCGAUUUGUAUAAAUUUUUUCAUGAGAAUAUUUUGUGAGAGAGGAUUAGAAUAGUUAUUGUUGAUAUAAUUCAUAUAAGAUAUUUUUUUCUGUUGGUAGAUUUACUUUGUUUCUUUGGCUAAUGUGAAUGUAUAUUUUUAUUGCAGAUAAAAUCUUUCGAUAUGGGUAUGAGGGGAUUUUUUAUGGUUGCAAUUAUGUUGUCUACACUUUUAUGUUAUUGCGAAUCUGAAGAACAACUAAUAGAAUUAUCAAGAGAUGAACUUCUGGAAAUAGAAAAUCAACUUGAGCGAUUGAACAAGUCAUCAAUCAAGACUAUAAAAACACACUAUGGAGAUAUUUAUGAUUGUAUUGAUUUUUACGAACAACCAGCAUUUGAUCAUCCUUUAUUGAAGAAUCACAAAUAUGACUUUCAAAUGAAACCUUCUUCUCAUAUGGCCCCGAUGGUUAGGGAAGAUAAGCCUCCAAAGAAUGUGAGACAAGUAUCGAUAAAUAGUGGGUUAAAGGGUGAAAAAUGCCCAAUUGGGUUUGUUCCCAUAAGAAGAACUACUAAAGAAGAUCUUAUCAGAGCCAAACUAUUUACAAAGUCUUAUACCUCAAGAAUUAAUUCUCCUCCUACUUCUCAUCAUGCACUUGUUUACACAUCUGAUUCAACCAAGAAAUACAAUGGAGGUGGCACAAUUGCAAGUUUUUACACACUAUAUAAUGUCACUGACUCACAAUACACUUUCGGUCGAAUAAAAUUACAAAAUGGACUUGAUAUCAUUCAAGCUGGCUGGGGAGUAAAUCCAAGUGUAUAUGGAGACAAUAAAACUCGGAUCUUCAUAUAUUUUCAGGCUGGUGAAUUAUCAUGUUUCAAUACAGUGUGUCCAGGAUUUGUUUUGGUUGACCCUCAACCUAUGAUCGACAGGAUUCUAAGAGAAACUCACCCUGGUACUUUUCCUACAUGGGAAAUUGGAAUCUAUAUUUAUCGGGAUCAAGUUACUGGAAAUUGGUGGCUUCAACUUACAAAAGAUCAUGAUCAAAUUGGAUAUUGGCCAUCAAGCAUAUUUAGUGGUGGAUUAAAAGACUUGGCUACAUAUAUUGACUGGGGAGGAGAAACUUACAGUCCUCUUGGUCAAAUUGGUCCUCCAAUGGGGUCUGGUUUACUUCUAAAACAAGAUACUCGUUAUGAUGCAUAUUGUAGGGAAUUGACAACUAUAAACGAGGGGCACAUACAAGAAGAUGCUAAAAACACAAAAAUUUCUUCAAUUGAUAUUGACUUUUAUUUAGUAAAAGAUUGGGGAUUUCAUCGUGACUUUGGACAUGUUAUGACAUAUGGUGGCCCUGGUCCUAGAUAACUUAUUUACAUUGUAUUACCACCAAACUAUCUUUUUCAUGAGAAAAAAAAUAAAUGUGUUUUUAUUUGUGCUUUUGAUAUAAAUAUAGUUGAACUCGAAAAUAGGGACAUUUUAAAUGUUAUACUCUCAAGUGCAUGAAUGAUACUCGAAAAUAAUGUGUUCAUAUAAGUAAGAGAUCAAACCGAAGGAGACUAGUUGAGUAACAUAAAAAAAAUAUUUUAAUCAAAGUAAUAAAUUUGUAUAAGAUAAGUUUAAGUUUUGACUUAUUUUUAUUGUUUUGAUAACUAUUAUAUAAAGAUUU